CAAAUAUUCACAUUUUCCAACAAAAAAGAAAAGAAAAUCAUUUAAACCCUCUAUGUACUACUAAUAAUACCAAUAAUAAAUAGAAUGCCAUGUUAUCAGUAUGUACAGUCAGAAAACACUUAACGGAGAUACAUUCUUCAGACCCAGGAGGCCUUGUUUUAUACCCACUGCAGAUUAGUGGAGGCUGCUGCGGUGAAUUUGGGCUGCCGAAUCCAGCAGUGCACAGCACAACAACGUUUCUAUUUAAACAUAAAAGCAAGAGUAUGACAGUUUCUUUUGGCCCGCUGGGACAUUUUGUAAAGUGAAUUUACUUUAAUAUUAAAUGCUGUUGCAUUAUCUUGCACACAUUUGUUGGGCACAUUACUACUUCGGCACACUUGCAAAAAUGUACUCUCCUGACACCAGUGAACCGUUUCCACGUCCCAUGCUCUGGGAAAUCAAUUAACAAAGAAAAGGAGACCUUAUAUACAAUUCACAUUGUGCGUGUUUUAAGUGAAGAACUCACUCUGCAUCGUUUGAGGGGGGAUAAUAGUCAAGGCUGCUUUUAUACAGGCACGGAUGAUGCAAAGUCAAAUAGGAGUAUUCAGUAUGUUCACUUGCUUGGAUCCACAGACUGAGCUCCCGGCACAGCCCUCAGCUCAGCUGGGGUAACUGACAUUAGUUGGUCGGCUUGAAGGCAGACAAUGGUGCUUUAAAAUCAACAGUGUUUCAAAGGUACACUCAUCACACGACUCAGAAGGCUGAGGUGCUCGUGGCCACGUGUUGAUUUAUACAGCAGCUUUGUUAAAUGCUCAAAGUGAAGCUAUGACUACUUCUCAGAGGCUCCUCAUGCACACUCCUGAUGACUUACUCAAAACGGCAAGAGGCCUGCAGACUGACCACUUCAUGGUGAACCAUAAUCACGAACACCAGGGACUGAUACAGUCGCUAAAAAUAAACGAAACGCACAAGAACGCGUCACAUGAGUUUCCAAGAUACGAGGCACCGAACACAGUAGCGUGAUAUGCGUCUGUGCGCAGUCUUCAGCUAUUUACACGAAGCGCAUUCAAAGACACACGGCCACAGGAUGCAAGCAAGCCGACACCUCAACAUCUGACGCACGCACGCCGCACCUCUGCUCCCCUCCGAGGGAGUGGCAGAGCGGUGCCACAAAUUCUACAGUGCUUUCUUUGUCAUCCAGAAUGUGCGCCCUGCUUGGGGGUCUGGCUGCUAAUCAUGCUGGGCAGAGAUCAGACAACUACCAGUAACCUCAACCUGGUGAACGCUGACAUUCCUGACGCAAAAGCAGCUCCAGAGAUACGUAUCGACAUGGCCGACCUCGUUGAGAGCCUGGAUACCAGAGAGCUGGACAUGGGGGAGGGAGAGGAGACCGACUACGAUGGAAACCUAGGGGACUGUCGUAUCCCAUUUUCGGCGGUGUACGCCACCGUGGGCUUCAGGGAGGCCAACGCUAAGGUCUACCUCCCCACUGUGCCAAUUACCGUUCGCAUCAUGGAGGUGGAGAGGUUCACCACGCAGGACCGCUUCAACUUGUCGCACCAUAGGAGCGUCAACAAGUCUCUGCCGGCGGUUUUCAAGAUCGAGCUGAAGCACGGCGAGUUUACCUGGAUGAUCAAGAGGAAGGAGAAGCAUUUCAUGGAGCUGCACAGGGAGCUCAGGACGUACAAGACCUUCAUGAGGAUACCGCUGCCGUCACGCAGCCACACGGUGAGGAGGAGGACGGUGAGGAAGAGCGAGGUGAGGGAGAUGCCCUCCCUGCCCAGGGGCAACGGGGACGAACUGGUGCGAGAUGAGCAGGUCUCCAGCAGGAGGAGGCAAUUAGAAGACUAUUUGAACAAGCUGCUGAGGAUGGCCAUGUACCGCAAAUACCACCACACAAUGGAGUUCAUUGAUGUCAGCCAGCUGUCGUUCAUUCAUGACUUGGGGCCCAAAGGACUGGAAGGGAUGAUCUAUAAGCGCUCGGGCGGGCAUCGCAUCCCUGGAAUGAACUGCUGUGGCCAGGGCAAGGCCUGCUAUCGCUGGUCCAAACGGUGGCUGGUGGUGAAGGACUCGUGCUUGCUGUACAUGAAGCCGGACUCGGGGGCCAUCUCCUUCGUGCUGCUGUUGGAUAAAGAAUUCAGCAUCAAAAUGGACUCCAAAGACACAGAAACCAAACACGGAGUCCGGAUUGAUAGCCUCUCCAGGACCCUCGUGUUCAAGUGCGUCAACUUCAGACACGCACGCUGGUGGGGUCAGAGCAUUGAGAGCUUCGCGAGGGCCCACGGGAAGGCUUUCCUCAGAGACCACCGCUUCGGGUCGUUUGCGCAGGAGCAAGAAAACAUCCCCUCCAAAUGGUACGUGAACGGAAAGACUUAUAUGGAGGAUGUGGCUAAUGCUUUGGAGGAGGCUAAAGAGGAAAUCUUUAUCACUGACUGGUGGCUGAGCCCAGAGAUCUUCCUCAAGAGACCUGUUGUCGAGGGCAACAGGUGGAGGCUGGACUGUACCCUCAAACGCAAAGCACAACAGGGAGUAAAAAUCUUUGUCAUGUUGUACAAGGAGGUUGAGCUCGCCCUGGGCAUCAACUCCGGCUACAGUAAAAGGACUCUGAUGCACCUGCACCCCAACAUCAAAGUGAUGCGUCACCCGGACCACGUCUCCUCCUCCGUGUAUCUGUGGGCUCAUCACGAGAAGAUCGUCGUCAUCGACCAAUCGGUGGCCUUCGUGGGCGGGAUUGACCUGGCAUACGGGCGCUGGGAUGACAGAGAGCACCGGCUGACGGAUGUGGGCAGCGUGACGCGCUCCGUGGCCCUGGAGCAGGCUGGCUACAACUGCACUUCCUCCAACACGGGUGUGUCCUCUGUGGACGGAGUCUCCCAGAGCAACGGUCGAGGGACGCCGCCCGAAGAUCCGGUGGAUUUACCCAAGCUGAAGGGCAUCGGCCGCAACAGGAUGGCCCGCUUCAGCCUGUACAGGCACCUGCACAAACACACUCUGCAGCACGUGGACAGUGUCGACAGUGUUGACAGCACGGGGGGCGGCUCCGUGCAAAGCCUGAGGACGGGCGUUGGGGAGUUGCAGGGGAACACUCGCUUCUGGCAUGGAAAAGACUACUGCAACUUUGUCUACAAGGACUGGAUCCAGCUGGAGAAGCCCUUUGAUGACUUCAUUGACAGGUACACAACUCCCAGGAUGCCUUGGCACGACAUCGCCGCAGUGGUUCACGGCAGGGGCGCACGAGAUGUGGCGAGACACUUCAUCCAGCGCUGGAACUUCACCAAGAUCAUGAAACCAAAGUAUCGCUCCCUGUCUUAUCCGUUCCUGCUGCCCAAAUCUCACUCCACUGCCGAUGAGAUCCGAUACCAAGUUCCGGACUGUGUUAACGCCAAAGUGCAGGUGCUGCGGUCUGCAGCCGACUGGUCGGCGGGAAUAAAAUACCACGAGGAGUCUAUCCAUAACGCCUACAUCCAGGUCAUCGCCAAGAGCAAGCACUACAUCUACAUAGAGAACCAGUUUUUCAUCAGCUGUGCUGACAACAAGAUGGUCUACAACAAGAUUGGAGACGCCAUCAUCGAAAGGAUCAUCAGGGCCCACAAGGAGAAUAAAAGGUAUCGUGUGUAUGUGGUCACCCCUCUGCUCCCUGGCUUCGAGGGCGACAUCACUACAGGAGGAGGGAACGCCAUCCAGGCUGUCAUGCACUUCAACUACAGAACCAUGAUCAGAGGAGAACACUCCAUCAUCUCCCAGCUGAAAAGGGAAAUGGACGACCAGUGGAUGAACUACAUCUCCUUCGCUGGCCUGCGGACCCACGCCGAGCUGGAGGGACGCCUGGUCACGGAGCUCAUCUACGUCCACAGCAAGAUGCUCAUCGCUGACGACAACACAGUCAUCAUCGGUUCCGCUAACAUCAACGACAGAAGCAUGCUGGGGAAACGCGACAGCGAGGUGGCGGUGAUCGUUGAGGACUCGGAAAAGGUUGCGGCCGUGAUGGAUGGACAGGAGUAUGAAGCUGGGCCCUACGCACUCCAGCUACGCCUCGAGUGCUUCAAGACCAUCCUUGGAGGGCACUCGGACACCAGCAUCGACCUGUCCGACCCCGUCAGUGACCGUUUCUACAAGGAAGUGUGGAUGACUACAGCCGGCCGCAACGCUACCAUUUACGAGAAGGUGUUCCGUUGCCUUCCUUCGUCCCUGGUGAGAAACAUGUCGGAGCUGGAGCAGUACCAGUCCAAGCCGGGCUUGGCCCAGACCGACCUGACCCGCGCUCAGGAGGAGCUGCGCAAAAUCCGAGGCUUCCUGGUCCAGUUUCCUAUGGACUUCCUGGCCGAGCAGAACCUCAUGCCUUCCGUCGGGACGAAAGAAGCCAUGGUCCCGACUGAGAUCUGGACAUAAAGAACGCGAACCCACCGCAGAGGGAAACGUCGCUGAAUAUUUAAUGUUGAGCUGGAGCUGGAUGAGAUGAAGAUUUGAUUCUGUUGGCUUGAUUGUGACUGCUGGACAUUGACAAAUCUCUCGAAUCUGUUGCUACUGGAAAACACUAAUCAGUAGUUGCAGCUUGUUAGGGUAAGCACUAAUAGUUUGGACGAAGAAGUCUUCAUACCAGGGGACUAAAGUUGUGACUGCAUUGUGACUGCAUUCAAAUUGUGGAGAAAUCAGUUUGGGUGCUUUGACCUUUGGACUGCAGAAAAAGAACUUCUAAGGGACCAGAGUUUGGAGGUAAAAUAUGUUUUUUUUUGUUUUUUUUGAUGAGACUAACAAAUAUCCACAAAAUCUAUACAUUAGAGGCGCUUGUGAUUCAAUGAGUUUGUGACGUUUGCUCGUAAGGUGCAUCCGUGCUCUGUACGCCGUUCUUGAGCUCUUGCAAGAGCUGUUGAGCCCGCGCACGUGCUGCUUUUGACAAAUUCUCCGGUGUCCAAUGAUGUCGGACUUUUCUUGAAGAUCCUUUUUUGUACAAGAAAUGAAAACGCGCGGCCGCCGUGCGCGGAAAACGGUUUACUCGCUCGGCCGCCGCGCACGAUUUAAUAACUGUGCUCUAAUCUCGUUAACAGGGUCGCCAUGGUGCAUGUGUCAAUCCCAUCUCUGAAAAGAGACAGAAACAGAGAUGUUUUAGAUCUCAAGAUUCUGCAAUCAGUGAACCGGGUUAAGCUAAAAACCUACGUGCAAAACCUGAUUCCACCCAGUCUGUCGCACUUGUUUCAUUCAGUUAUCGUGGCUAAGAGAGUAAGAUCAAAUCAAAGUGAGAAUGCCUGUGCCAGUUGUUGGAGACGACAAUCAGACUGGAUGUUUAAAGGAGUCAUUUCCCCUUUGCUCAGCAGAUGGUGCUAUAGAGCUGCUUGGAACACAUAAACAGUUGAACAGUGAAAACAAAAACAAAAGAAAAAAAUCUGUAAGGUUUCGGGUUAAGUGAAGAAAUAGUUUUGGAAAAUAAAAACUGUAAUAUUUCCAUUUAUUUAGUGAGCAAGAAUGUCCUUUUUAACUUUUCAGUCUUUUUUAAAAAUAACACAGCCUGUGUCUGCCAUUAAGGAAAUUCCACCUUCUGAGUAACAUUUACAGGACGGGACCCAUAGUUUGUAGGAUUUUUAACAGUGAAUAUUUGUCACACCACGUUGUUUGAACAUCCCCCCAAAUGUGAAGUUUAAUGACCACUCCACUGGCACUGAGCUAAUUACAGUGAACGCGAACAGGAAGUCAGAACGGACUGUGUAACUGAACAGCACAAAUUAGAUAAUUUGGCAGAGAUCUUCAGUUUAGUCACACACGAGCCAAAUUUGUUUUGGUGUCUAUGUUCCAGCCAACAUGUUUAUCACUGGCAUUUUUUUUUAUUAUUAUUACUAUUGUUUAGCAGAAGUAGACACCGACAGUGUCUUCAGUGCAUGCAUUGUAUGGGAUAUGAAAAUGAAAUGAUGAUUUCUUGAAUGGGACCAGGAGAUUGACAGCUGAAGGGAUUAUACUUGGAAACAAUAUGGUCCAUGAAGAAAGUUAUAUUGUCAGUAAAGUUUACCCUUGCUGUAUUUGCAUUAUUUAUGAAAAAGAUGAAGCAUUUAACAUUCUUUAAUUGAACAUUUUAGUUUUUAAAAUGUAUAGCAUGGCUGUACGGAUGGUCGCAGAUUUGUGAUGAAACCCCUUGUUUAUUUUCCACAACCGCCUCCACUCCUUCCGUCUUGCUCCCACUCUUUGUAUGUACAAUAUAUAUUAUUUUUCUUUUGUACAGUUGAAAGUAUUUCAGAUUUUUAUCUGUCCAUUUAACACGGCGUAAUUUAAGUGUCUAACAAAUGAAAAAUAAAAUUAUCUUUGGAA